AGUUUCGUUAUUUUGAAUAAAACAUUUAAAAACAUUUUUUUAUUAAAAAAGAAAAAGUUGGUUGAGCACAUGGUUGAUAGGUAACGCUAAAUUCCCGACAGCUGUGAACGCAUCUAUGUCCAGUGAGACCUUCAGGUAACCUCGGAGAACACAGUGACAUCAAUGAGAGCGGUGAUCAGAGGACGGUUCCCCCGGCUGCCUCUCGCUGCCUCUCGGAUUAAACGCACCAACAGUUGGACCAGAUGAGGGUUUAGUCUGAGUCUGGACCUGGACUCGGUUUUGCUGAAGUUUUCAGUCCCGGUUGCUCUCGACCUGUGAGUCAAAGUGGCCGAAUUUUGCGUAAUCGGCGCCCGAAUGUCCAAACUACCAGGAAAUGCAGGUGUGUCGUUGCUGGGCGACAAGUCGCUGGAGUUCUACCGGGACCCGGUGAGCUUCUACCGGCAGAAGGUCGACAAGCACCGGGGCAGAGUGUUCCAGGGCCGGCUGCUCAACAGACCCACCGUCUUCAUCUGCUCCGUGGAGGGGAUGAGAGAGCUGCUGUGUGAGAAAUCCAACGUGUUCCUGAAGGAUCCCACUGACUUGAUGACCAACAUGUACGGUGACACCAUUGUUACCACUAAUGGUGAAGAGGCUUGUCUUCUCCGUCUGUCCCUCACCAGCCUGUUUACAGGAAGCUGUUUGAAAUCGUCAAGUGAAUAUAUCAGCAGUGUAUGUGUCCGCUGUCUGAAGGACCUCUCUCUCAGUGGGCAGCCAGAGUGUGUGUACUCUGUCUUCAAGCGUCUGGGGACGGAGUUGGUUUUGGGCCUUUUUCUGAACGUAAGAGCGGAGGAGCAGCCUGAACUGUUCCAAGAAAUCAUGCAGCUCUGCACCCUGCACUGGCACGGUCUGAUCUCUGCCCCUGUGAACGUGAAGGUUCCUCUCUGGUCGUCGGGUUUCUCCACUGCUCUGGACGCCAGAGACAAACUGAUGGACAUCAUCAAAAACAAACUGGAGAAUGACACACAGGGUUUUGUCGGCUCUCUCGGCUCUUUGCCGCUGCCUGACUCCAGCGCUGCCUCCCAGCAUCUCCUGCUUUUCAUCUCAGCUCUGAUCCCUAAAGCUUUGGCAUCUCUGCUCACCUCCUUCACAUUGGCACUCAGUGGAAACGAACAGGAGGAGAAACGUCAGCGAGCGAGAGAAGACCCUGAUUACCUGCACAGCGUACUGUUGGAGGUGCAGAGACUCUGGCCUCCUUUCAUCGGCGGACGCAGAAUUGCUGAUCAGGACUCCACCCUCGCAGGGUUUCACAUUCCAAAGGGUCACGGCAUACUCUACAUCAGCCACGGCGUCCACCGUGACCCGGAGAUGUUCCACCAGCCAAAUGACUUCCUGCCAGAGAGGUGGAGCGGCAGGAACGCAGGUCAGGAGCAUUUCCUGUGUUCCUUCGGCAGCGGGCCCAGGAACUGCAUUGGACCCAAGCUUGCAGACGUCUUCCUUAAGGAAGCGUGCAUGUACCUGUUAACGCACUUCGACUGGCGUUUGGACCCUCCAUCACAGGACCUCGAGUACAAAUGGCUGCCUGUGUCUCGCCCCGCCAACCCCCCCACCAUGUCUUUCACCCGACUGGAUCAGACCAGAUCUGACAAGAGCGACACCAGCUAGGGGAUGCACAGCAGAUUUAGUGAGGUACCAGUUUAUAGAUUACAAAAAACAAAACUACAUGAAGGCUCUAAAGAAACUGAGAAAAUAUCCGAACACACAGGGAGAGGGAAGCCAUCAAAAUGUGAGGCUUUCCCCUGCUGCGUAUAAUACAGUAAUCGUCCUGGGGGAAGCCGGGGAGUGUGUUGGUUUCACUCUGAGAGUUCCUCUGCAGCUCUCUUUGAUGAAUCUGCACCAUAAGACAAAGUAAAUGACUCAUUCUUCCAUUGUUAAAUAUGACAACGCUAGACAGUAUUUUUCUCCUCCUGUCACUUUUUUUUAAUGAGUCAUAUUUCCCAGUAUAAAAAGAUCACGACACACAAAUCUCUUCGGCUCAUUAAACUUAACUGCAGCAACUUGUCUCAUAAAUCAGGCUUUGCUUCAAGGUUGAACUGAUAUAUAUUGAAUUUUAUUUGUUUUUUACUUGUUUUAAAUUCAAAUUGAAAUAUCUCCAUACAUAGCUGCAGUUUUAUUAACGUAGAAAAUUGUUUUUUUUGCCACACUGUAGGAUCAGUGUUUAAACCAAAUAAAUCCAAGGAAACACACACACACAGGUACACACGUGCACACACAAACACCGAGGUAAGCCCUCAGAUUCCAUCACUGACGGCAAACCUGCCUCCCCCCCUCCUCCUAGCAACCACCACUGCUUAGCAACAGUUCGUCAUAGCGACACUGACUUGCCUCCCUUUAGUAUGCAAGUCUCUCCCUCGCUCUCACUCAACACGCACACACACUAACCUGGUUAUUUUUGAAUGCGUUCAGUCGGCAGUGAUAUGCAUGCCAUCUGAAUCACAUGUAAAUGAUGCCAGGAGGCGUUUAAGAGCACACGCCUGCAUUUUAAAUUAUUUUGGAGACUUGGAAGGAUUUUUAGCACUUGAUUCAUGAACCACACACCAGCCUUAUCAUCUACCUGUGACACUGAUACAAGUUUUAAUGUCUAAUUUAUUAAUUUAAGUGUAGCAGUAAAAAUUGUGUUGUUUAUGUUUGUAUCUGUGUUUCAUAGAAAUGCUUGAAGCGUUAAAACAUUUGUAACAUCAAGUGAUGUUUUUGAGACAGAAAUCUCAACCUUUGUGCUGCAUUGUUGUUUCAUCAGCCUGUGGUUAAAGUAAAAACUGUUCAAAUAAGCUGAAUGAAAUGUUUCGUUUCAGCUUCUUCUCU